AUACCCUUCAUCCAUUUUUUGGAUUUUUGAGGUAAAGCUCUCACCUUUACUUCGAACAACAGCAACAAUGGGAGACUCCUCCACUUUCCGUCGAACACUCGACGACUCGAGCGCCGUACAACUCACCGGAAAAAUCAUGAUGAUCGCCGUGCUCGUCCUCUUCCUGGUAGUCGUCUUCGUCCUCUGCCUCCACCUCUACGCCAAAUAUUACUUGUGGCGGGCAAACGACGACCUCACCUCCUCGGUUCCCGGUCAGUCACGGCGGCGGCGGCGGCGAUUCGUUUUCGCUCCCGGGCAGGACCCAGUUGCCACGAUGCGACGAGGGCUCGACCCUUUAGUCCUCAGAUCCUUGCCAGUAGUAGUAUUUCCUUCCGAUGACUUCAAAGACGGUCUCGAAUGCGCGGUUUGUCUCUCUGAGCUCGUCCAUGGCGAGAAAGCAAGGCUGCUUCCGAAAUGCAGCCAUGGAUUCCAUGUUGAUUGUAUCGAUAUGUGGUUUCAGUAUCACUCCACAUGUCCGCUCUGUAGAAACCCUGUUGCUCCUGGGAGCUCUGCUGAUUCCAGUGCUUCUGCAUUGGAAGAGAAUGUAAGUGAUCAGAUACUAUCACCAGCUGAGAACUUGGUAUCUGAGAUUUCGGUUGAGACUCCGAAUUUCCCAACAAAUGUGUUGUUUUGGGGGAACCAAACUCAGGUGAGCUCCGGACCCGGUUCGGGUUUGGAGGAAGAAGGCCCUUCAUCACAACCCGUUUGCCCAUCUUCUUCAUCUUUGUCAUCUGCAAGUAAUAGGCGCGAUGGGAUGUUGGUCAUUGAGAUACCAAGCGAGACUCCAUUUGUUUCGGCUCCGCCUUCGCCUUCGCCUUCCAGUAACAGGUUCGCCGGAGAGGACUUGAAGUCUCCGGUGCCGACACGGUUGAGGUCACUGAAGAGGUUGUUGAGCAGGGAUAGGAGGAUUAGUAUCUGCAGUCCUGGUUCUGUGGAUGUUGAACAAGGAGAGAGAGGAGGAGGACAGAGUUAGAAAAAAAGCUAGAAUGUUUGCACAUAAUUUGGUAAGGGAAGAUUAAUUUUGGUGAAUUGUUGUUUGAGGAGGAUCUGAUAGAUGUGCAAUGGUUUGCAUCCCUGAGAAUUUUGGAUUAGGGUUCUUAUGGAGAUGACAAUAUAAGCAUUGUCUAUGGGGAUUUUAAUUUGGUAAAUUGUUCUUUUAUUCUUGAAGAGAUGGAUCUUGAGAUGUCAAGAAAGUUGUAAUAUAUUUAUGUAUCUCUUUACUUUGAAACAAAAUUCAAACAAAUUGUUUGAAAUGAAUGUAUAUUUUGUAAGCAAAAUGUAGGCUCAGUUUUCUUAAUUAUGGGUUUGAUGCCUUAAACCCUUUGUUUUGGUUAACCUAUGAUUCUAUGAAGAAGAAAGGAAACGAAAUGGUAAUUGAAGUUUUUUAA